AAUAGGAAUACCGAAAGGGGGGAAAACAGGCAACGAAAUAAACAGGGCGAAAAGAAGAGAGGCGAAAAAAGCGGAGCUCCCAAGCGGAAAACCCUAGUCUUCAAUUCGUGGAAGCGAUACGAGAGCUGAUGGAGCUACAGAACACAGUGAAAGAGGCAUUGACCGCUCUCUACCAUCACCCAGACGACGGCAUCCGCGCCCGUGCUGAUCGGUGGCUCCAGGACUUCCAGCGCACCAUCGACGCCUGGCAGGUCUCAGAUAACUUACUUCAUGACUCCAGCAGUAAUAUUGAAACAUUGGUAUUUUGUUCUCAGACUCUUAGGAGCAAGGUACAAAGAGAUUUUGAAGAGCUACCAUCUGAAGCCUUUUGCCCUCUACGUGAUUCAUUAUAUACAUUGCUUAAGAAAUUCGGUAAGGGCCCACCUAAAGUCAGAACUCAGAUUUGUAUUGCGGUUGCUGCUCUGGCUGCACAUGUAUCUAUAAGUGACUGGGGAGAUGGUGGCAUUCUCAAUUGGCUAAGCAAUGAAAUGCGAUCAAAUACUGAAUACAUCAGAAGUUUCCUUGAGCUACUUGUGGUCUUACCUGAGGAAGCUUGUAACUAUAGGAUAGCUGCACGUCCAGAACGACGUCGUCAAUUUGACAAGGAACUUACGUCAUCAUCUGAAGUUGCUCUCAGUUUGUUGACUUCUUGUUUGGGUUUUGAUUAUUUAAAAGAGCAGGUUUUAGAGGGUUUUACUUCAUGGAUUCGAAUGUGCCAUGGGAUUACAGCAUCUACACUUGCUUCUCAUCCUCUAGUACAUGCAGCUUUGUCAAGUUUAAAAUCCGAGCAAUUUGUGGAGGCAGCUGUAAAUGCUACAUCGGAAUUGAUACGUUUCACUGUUUCUAGAAGUUCUGGUGACAUUUCUGCUCAAUCGCCGCUAAUUCAUGUUAUUCUGCCUCAAGUAAUGAGCCUGAGAGAGCAACUUCUAGAUUCUUCUAAGGAUGAAGAAGAUGUGAAGGCUAUUGCACGCUUGUUUGCUGAAAUGGGGGAUUCUUAUGUGGAUUUGAUUGCAACUGGUUCUGAUAAUUCAAUGCUUAUCGUACAAGCAUUGCUUGAAGUUGCAUCGCAUCCUGAAUAUGACAUAUCGUCAAUGACAUAUAAUUUCUGGCACAACCUCCAGAAUAUCUUGUCCAGAAGGGAGUCUUGUGUUUCACAUGGAUCUGAGGCUUCAAUUGAGGUUGAAAGGAACAGGAGGUUACAAGUUUUUCGUGCACCAUUUGAGAUGCUGGUUUCCCUGGUCACCUUCCGGGUUGAAUAUCCAAAAGAUUAUGAGGAGCUCUCUGAAGAAGAUUGCAAGGAUUUUAGGCAUAUCAGAUAUGUUGUUAGUGAUGUACUAGUUGAUGCUACAGUCAUUUUGGGAGGUGAGCAGACACUUAAGCUUCUAUUCACAAAGCUAGUUCAGGCUGUUGGAAGUCACAGAAAUGAGGAUAGCUUCAAUUGGCGUCCAGUGGAGGCUGCUCUAUUCUGUAUACAAGCAGUAGCCAAGUCAGUCUCAACUCAGGAAGCAGAAGUGUUGCCCCAGAUUAUGACACUGCUUCCAAAACUUCCUUGUGAACCACAUUUGCUACAGACAGUUUGUUCUACUGUUGGAGCAUAUUCAAAAUGGAUUGAUGUGGCUCCAGUUGAACUAUCAAUAUUGCCACCACUAGUUGGUAUUCUGACUAAAGGAAUGAGUGCGUCAGAGGAUUGUGCAGCAGCUGCUGCUGUUGCAUUUAAGUAUAUAUGUGAAGAUUGUAGCAAUAAAUUUGUUGGAUCAUUGGAUGGCCUUUUCCAUAUUUACCAUAUUGCUGUUAGCGGAGACGGAGGAUACAAAGUUUCUUCUAAUGAUUCGAUGCAUUUGGUUGAAGCAUUGAGCGUGGUUAUCAAGGAACUUCCACUUGAUCAUGCCAAGAAAGCAUUGGAGUUGGUUUGCGUGCCAAUUAUUACUCCUUUACAAGAGUUCAUCAAUCAAGGAGAAUUGAUGAAUGAGGUACCAGCACGUCAUCUUACAAUUCAUAUUGACAGACUAGCAUGCAUUUUCAGGAAUGUUACUCUUCCGGAAAUUGUAGCUGAAGCCAUCAACCGCUUUUGGCCAAUUUUGAAAUCUAUCUUUGAUAAUCGUGGCUGGGACUUGAGAACAAUGGAGUCUUUAUGCCGGGCCUGUAAAUAUGCCGUGCGAACCUGUGGAAGAUUUAUGGUGAUUACCAUAGGUUCUAUGCUGGAAGAGGUCCAACUCUUGUAUCAACAACAUAAUCAAUCUUGCUUCCUUUAUUUAUCAAGUGAAGUCAUAAAGAUGUUUGGAUCAGAUCCCUCUUGUGCUAAUUAUCUUAGAAGUUUAAUUGAGGUCCUUUUUAUACAUACAACCAAGCUUCUCAGGACGAUACAGGACUUCACUGCUAGACCAGACAUUGCAGAUGACUGUUUUUUGUUAGCUUCAAGAUGCAUACGAUAUUGCCCAGAUUUGUUUGUCCCUUCUUCUUCAUUUUUAUCGCUGAUUGACUGCUCGAUGAUUGGAAUCACUAUACAACACAGGGAUGCUUGCAAGUCCAUAUUGAACUUUUUGUCAGAUGUCUUUGAUCUUGCAAACUCCUCUGCUGGAGAAGUCUACCGCCCUAUAAUCAAUAAUAUUUUAGUUCCUCGUGGUGCUACUCUUACCCGUAUUUUAAUUGCAUCUUUAGCUGGAGCGCUUCCAUCUUCUCGAUUGGAGGAGGUUACAUAUGUACUGUUGUCCUUAACUAGGACAUACGGUGUCAAGGUGUUAGUGUGGGCAAAAGAGAGCAUAUCACUUGUUCCCCAUACAGCGCUCACAGAGGCUGAAUGUUCAAGUUUUCUGAAAACUCUAUCAGAAGUUGCAUCUGGAUCAGAUACUUCUGCCCUUGCCAACACACUUGAAGAGCUUUCAGAUGUUUGCCGUCGCAAUAGGGCAGUUCAAGAUAUUGUCCAAGGAGCUCUAAGACCACUCGACUUGAACUUUACAACUGUGUCCUAGAUUCUCAAAUGAUAUCCCAAUUCCAUCUUAUUCUUCUACAAAUAUGGAUAUUGAAGCUACGUGAUCCUUAUUGCUGUGUGAUUAUGGUAAGAGAUUUUGAUUCUUCUGUGCGAGUAUAAAUGAGCUUAUCCAAUCUUGAGUCGUCUCCUUUUCCUUUUCAUAAAGGAGCAGCUCGUUUAGGGAACUGUAAAUUUUCUAGCAGUAUUUAUGUUCAAUGUACAUUUGCUCGUAUCCGUUGAUAUUUUAGAUAUAGACAAAUCAUUGUGUGAUGCAACAACAUUUUUCAUGUAUAUGUUCUUAUACACUAAUGUGAAUCAUCCAUUUUUCUGUGUGAAUUAAGCCAA